UUACAGCGUUUCACCAUGAGGACUGUUACUGCUCUGUUUGUACUGAUAUGCAUUCUUUAUCAGGCUGAUGGAAUGAGUGUAAAGGACAACAUGCAAAGGUCUUCACGGAAGACACGGGAUGCUAAUGCCCCAGCAUCAAUCGACUGCAAAAUGAGUGCUUGGUCCCAGUGGACUCCUUGUGACCCAUGCACUAAUACUACAUAUCGCUCAAGGGGUAUUGAGGUCUUUGGGCAGUUUCAAGGAAGUAGAUGCAUAGAACCUAUUGGAGAUCGCAAACCCUGCAUUCCUUCUACUAAAUGUGACGAGGACGCUCCACCUGUCUGCAAAAGUUCUCAAUGGCAGUGUGAAUCACAGAAGUGUAUAAACAAGAAUCUAAAGUGUAACGGAGAUGACGACUGCGACGAUGGGUCUGAUGAGGUUGACUGCGAUGACGUUAAACUACCUUGUGGCAAGUCAACUGUAGUCGAAUCCGACAUAGCCUUGCAUGCUGGAUACGGAAUAAAUAUUCUGGGAUCUGGACCUCGAAUGAAUCCCUUCAAUAACAAAGUUUACAAUGGUCAAUGUAAUCGGGUCAGGGAACCAACCACACUGGAUAUGAUCAGAACACCAUGGAACGUCGGAGUUCUCAACUAUGAGACGAAAGUGGAAGAGACAACUUCUAAGGAGAUGUAUGAAGACGUUCACUCUUUAAUAAAAGAGAUAACUACGGAUUCCAGCACAACUGUUGAUGUGGGGCUGAGCUUUAAAUUUUCACCCACUGAGUCCUCCAGUAAAUCUGGUGAGGCAACUGGUGAGGGUGGCAGCGCUGGUGCUGCCAGCUCUGGCCUUAACCUUGAGGGCUCAGCAGGGAUUAAUUUUAACUUUGAAAGACAAAAUAUGAUCAAACAGAUCUCCGAAUACACAGACACCAAGAGAAAGGUCUUCAUGAGAGUGAAAGGCAAAGUACAGCUGGCUACCUACAGGAUGAAGCAGCGGGGACUGGAGGUUGAUCAAUUGUUCCUGAAUAAUGUGGAUGCACUUCCACUCGGAUAUGAGAAGGGUGCAUAUUUCGCUUUCUUGGAGGAUUAUGGCACACACUACACCAAAAAUGGAAGGUCCGGUGGAGAAUAUGAACUUGUUUACAUAAUGAAUUACGAUGAGAUCAAACACAAAGAGAGUGUGGAAACCCAGCUGAAGAAAUGCUUUGAGGUUGACAUUAGUGCAACGUUGGGCAAAUCCAACAUGGGAGGAGAAGCGAAAGUUAAACCAAAAAUCUGUAAUGAGCUAAAACCCAAGGACACAGAUGACAAAUCUAAAAAGGGGAUUGUUGAAAAGGUGCUGAUCACAGUGAAAGGGGGCAGUGCAGAAGCAGCGAUAGCCAUGAAGACACAGCUCACUCAAGAGAACCAGCUGGACGUUACUCACUAUGUAAAAUGGGCACAGACCGUCUCUCUACUUCCUGCUCUCAUUUACAGCGAUCCUGAACCCAUCUACAACUCCAUUCCUUUGGAUUUUGCCGAUGGUCAGUCGAGGCGAGACAAUCUCAGAAAGGCCCUGGAUGACUAUGUGGCUGAGUACAGUGUGUGUAAGUGUCAGCCAUGCCAGAACGGCGGCACUGUUAUCCAGAUCGAUGGGGAGUGUAAAUGCUUGUGCCCACUAGGGACUGAGGGAGUCGCAUGUCAGACGAUUGACAGAGACCUAGCGAAAGGUAAAGAAUUUCAACAGCGGGGGAACUGGGGCUGCUGGUCCGCAUGGACCGGAUGCUCUGAGGGGCGCCGCAGGCGGACACGUACCUGUAAUACACAAGGUGUCACAAAUGCAAUUUGCAAAGGAGAUACAGCCAGUGAAGACUACUGCUAAAAAUCU